UCCUGCACCGUGGUCGCAAUUGAACACUGGAACGGCGCAGUUUUCAGUCUCUCGUUGGCAACAAAUGUGAUUGUCACAUCCCUCAUCGCUUGCAGAGUCUGGUAUGAUGCAGAAUUCGCCUCUCGCUUCAAAGGCGCAUCGUUCAAGUACAAGAGAGUGCUGGCGCUUGUAAUAGAAUCGGGCAUGAUCUAUUCUUCGACUCUGGUCAUCGAGAUUACCCUCUACUUCCUCAACAACGACGCAUAUUACAUCAUUUAUGAUCCUAUUGCCCAAUUGACGGGAAUUGUUUCUACUAUGAUCAUAGUCAUGGUCGGCCUUGGACUCACAUCUCACGAU